AGCACUUGAGACAAACGUAGGCGUUGCUGAAUGUAAAGCUGCCCGUGACCUGCGACUUUUUGCAGGUUCUUGUGAUAUCUUAAUCCUGAGAGGGCCAUGGUACUGCGAAUCUACCUCGACGGCGCAAAUGUGGGUCGGUCCCGCACCUUGCAAGAUGUCGAUCGUGCACGUAGCGAGCAAGGAGGGCCUCCUCCCCGUAUCGAUCCGAAGCAGCUUUGGAUUGCUUGCAGCAGCGCCUUUGAAUAUUUCGGAGGUCAAGACAGCGGUCGAAACAUGGAUCGACGAGUCCGCCUAGCAACACCCCUUUCCAGGUUUACUUCCAUCGUACAGAAACCGGGAAGAUCCAGCCGAAAAAUCGAAGUGGCCUUACGGAUCGUUUUCAGCGAAAAUACGUUUCGCCGUUUAGCGCAGUUACGCCGCCCAAAAGUGCAUAAGUCCAAGCCAGUCAGCUUUGCUUCUGAAAGUGCAAUGUGCGCUGCCAGGUGCUUCUGCGUCUGCAUUAUGGUUGUAAUACCAAACUUGAACUCCUGAUGCCUUUUUCUCGUGCGUAGUACCCGUACACGACCGGCAGCGUAGUAGAAGUAGGAUCAUCUACAUAAACAAAGCGCACUUGCCACUCCCACUAUUUUCUCUGGGGGCGUGCUCAAGAGAGUUUGCACAGGCACCAUGCUAUUGCUAACAACAGGAGGACCAGGACAUAUGACUGUUGCACGUUUGAUGUUUGUCUUUCCAAUAUUCGGUUAACGACGACAAUAAAUACUGGCGAAAGCUCGUCGCCGCAGACCAGGGUCGGUUGUUUUUGAAAGCCCCAAACCGAGAGGACGACGAUGAGUGGCUUCUAUCUCGUGCCGAAGAAGAUUGGGAGCGGGGAGACACCGUAGCCAUCAUCACCGCUGACAAUUACGACAAGUGGAAAACGGACCACCCUCACGUAGUGCCGCGGUGCCUCAUGAAGUACUGUUACGACGACCACGAGCACCGUUUCACCCUGAAACUCAGGGACGUCGACGAGCGUCUCGUAUCAUUGACGAACCAACGUUUUGAACGCUCGGCUUCUGAUUUUGCGUGGUCGUCUUUGGCUUCAAAGAUGAUUAUACAGACAAAAAUUGUAAGUCACCGCUGGGGCACGCUGAGGACGCAAUCUGUAAAGCCUGCAUUGCUGUUGUUUUCCAUGUGGUCAGCCGGAACCGGCAUACUACUUUACUUACACUUAGUCUCGCAACAGGAAGAAAAAGAACAGAUGAGCAUGAUUGAAGGUCGCAUCAUUUAUAGUGCAGUUUUCUUCGUGUUCGUUUGAUACCUGGACCGCGAAUUUCAUGAAGAUGGGCGGCGAGUGGACGACGAGAGCAAUGCGGCGCGGUCGAACAGCCGCGCGUCGGUUGGUCGACGAGUGGACCCAGACGACAGCAAUGCGGCGCGGUCGAGCAGCCGCGACAAUACCCUAUAUACUAUACGGCAAGAAAUGCGAUUGACGUAUGGCCCGAUUUCUACUAGUAAAAUCUUUACUAGUAACAAAAAUCCGCAAACUCUUACUAGUAAAAAACGCUACUAGUAAAUUUAACGGGACAGGCGAGCAAAAAUUCUACUAGUAGAACAGGGGAGGGCUACUAGUAGAGCGCGUACUAGUAGAGCGCGUACUAGUAGAGCGCGUACUAGUAGAGCGCGUACUAGUAGAAAACUGGGCAAAAGCCAAAGCGAGGAGCGACCCUGCGACCGCCGACGCCUCUGUGGGCGCCCGGUUGCUCUGAAACAAGCGCGCCCAGAGCGCUUCUUGUCCCGCGAAACAGGCUUGCCUUGCCCCUGGCGGAGAAACUCGCAGUGGGCAGUCCGUCGCCAUGCUCUCUGGCGGUGCGAGGGGCGGCGCGCGGCGCUUUGCAAGCGGGAGGGGGGUCCGGGACGCGCGACUGCUGGCCAUUGGGGGUCCGGGAGGGCGCUGCGCCUGGUGUUGCCUUCCUGUGCCUCGCGGGCCGGGGCCGGCUCCCCCGUGGUGUGGGUAUUCCUGCCUUCCACGAAGGCAGGCCGCCGCUUUUCUCCAGCCCCGCUCGCUUCUCAUGUGCACCGUGCGCACUCCCGUCGCGGGGGGUCGGGCCGCUGCGCAUGGUUGGCCCGUCCCUUUGCGUAAGUAGGGCUUCUUACGCCGGCGCCACUUUCCCGUGGGUUUCAGCAACAUGCACAUAGUAGCUCACUCAUCUUAAGGGGUGCUCGCAAAAGAAUUGCAAACCGCCCAGAAGGCUCGCCGCCCACCCUCUGUCGAGGGGGGGGCCCGAGGGCGUGAGGCUCCAUUGGUCGCCGGCGCCCAGGGGCACACGCGCUUGGACGCUUAUCGCCUCCUGCCUCUUCCCGGCGACUGAGGACGCAGCCUUCCUACUGGGAAAUCGGGCCCAUCGUUUUCUUGUCUACUCCAUACCUCUCCGGCGGUCGCGGAGCGACCGCCCGUGCUAGAUACGACAAGAGCAACGCGGCGCGGUCGAACAGCCGCGCGUCGGUUGGUCGCCGCUCUUACUAAGGGGAAAAGUUCAAGAAUAAGAAUUUCGACAAAAAAAUCAUCACUAGCCCUGGUGCAAUCCCAGAGCCAGGCGUCCGAUUCCAGGUUUGGCGGCAGGGUGCCGGAAGUCCGAGUGGCGGUAUGGUACGGCAGCAGGUCCCGUCGGUCCAGGUAGCGGAGCAUCCCGUCCUCGACUCCGCAGACGAAGCUGUCUCCGAUAGCAUUUGUUUCUUUGAAAACCAAAAAAAAAACUGCAGGUCCUCGGCGUCUUACCUUCUCCUCCCGGAAUAAAGAUACUAAUCUCCACACACUAAACUAGUUAAGUUUAGCAUUCUACUUGAGCUAGUUUCCUCAGCAUAAAUAGCCUUCAUUGUUCAAAAAAAAUAGACGUAGGUGUUGGCUUUGGCGGUCUGUUGGCUGGUGUACAUGAGAGACCCAACCACGAAGCGGCGUCUUUUCUCCCGGCACCAAGUACGCCACGAUGUCCACAUGUUGCACCAGGUGGUGCAACAAAACUACGUGAAGGUCUAUGUGCUGCUCCCCGCCAAAAGCUGUCCGGAUUCGAGGUCUUGGCGAACGUCGUGUGACAGGUCACGACACCGGCCUCCAACGUCCUGGAUGUGGUCGGUUCGCCUGUGCUGGCAUAAAAAAUUGAUGGCUUUGAUUCUUUACGGAGGGUGAUGAGUAGGUCUUAUCUAGCUAGUUUAGUGUGUGGAGAUUAGUACUUUAUUGCGUCUGGUAUCCCGUCGCGGCACAGGUAAGACCUUCUGCAGGAGGAGCGUCAUGGCAAGUCGUUUCUGAAAGCAGCUCGGUUUAAUUUCCUGCGCGACCUUUGAUGUCCACCUUUUCUUGUUGUGUAUUUUUCAAGAAUGAGAUGAGCAGCAUUUGCAAACAAAACAAAACACAGGUACACUGAACUUACCGCGAGGGGUCGAGUGUUGAUUUUUUUGUCAGUUUUCUUAUUCUUGAACUUUUCCCCUUAGUAGCUCUCAGGGUCACGACGACAGCAACGCGGCGCGGUCGAGCAGCCGCGCGUCGGUUGGUCGCCGCUCUCAGGUACCAAGUGCAAAAAUGUCUGGGUCUGGGAGGAUGGAACUUGUCAUGCUGAAUCUGAAUCAUGCAAGAAAUCUGGGUUGCGUGAUUACCAACAGCCGUCGUUUUUUACCAAGUUGAGAGGAAAUUUCUCAUGCAGGAUAGACAUGCUAGAGAUCUCACAGAGUUUGUCAUCCUAGGUGCUGCAUUCCAGACCUCAUGAGUCAUAGAAAGCCUGCAUCUUCCAGACUCAACCAACCAACCAAACCUGGCAAUCUUCCAGACCCAGACAGUUUUACAGUUGAUAUCAGGUGUAUGACUGCGUCAACUUACCCAAACUCAACUUACCCAAAAACUUUAUUAGCGAUUUUUCAUAGCUAGAAAGCAUGCUGAUUUGUAAUGCCUAAAAGUAGUAGCUAUGGUUAGCCUUAGCUAGAUAGAACUUCAUAUAGCUAAUUAAGACCGUUUUCACGCGUGUGUAGAACCCGCAACCUCCGCUACCAACGAUCACGGAUUCCCUUCCGCUGCCAACGAUCGCGGAGGCUGAGCUGCGUUGCCACCGCGUUGCGACACCAUUCACAAGCUUCAUACCUUGGCUGGAUUUAUACACGAAGUGAUAGCAUGCGACAGGUAUUGAGAUAUUCUAUCAUUUAUGCCAUUGAAUUGAAAAAAAUCCGAGGCAUCUUUUUUGUCUAAUCACGUUGGUAGGGUGAUUUUUUGUCAAUCCAAAACCUAGCAUCGGGGAGGGGGAUCACUCAUCCCCCUGGUCCAUGCCUAAAAGUAUACUGCUUCCCCGAUGCUAUGCCCCAUGCAAAAGCAAUAUAAUCUGAUUUGAUAGCAUCAACUCGAAGGAGUUUUAUCAUGAGACACAGCAUCGUUGGGGAGGGGAUCCGUGAUCGUUGGUAGCGGAGGUUGCGCCUUCUACACACGCCGGAAAACGUCCUUUUCGAAAUAGCUAUUUACCUCAACUAGUAAGUGUAGACUGAGCGGCGCCGGAUAGUAGGUUCGGACUCUAAGUAGCUAAUUAAAGUGGUUAGUUAAAUUUUUGGGUAAGUUGAGUUUGGGUAAGUUGACGCAGGCAUAAGGUGGGGCGUGUGGACCACGACGACAGCAACGCGGCGCGGUCGAACAGCCGCGCGUCGGUUGGUCGCCGCUCUCAGGGGCGUUCGGGCGCGUCGCGUCGGCAAGCACAACAUCAUCGUCGCGGGUCCAGUGGUCGUUCAGGAAGUCGAAGUCGCGUUGCUCGCAAGUACAGCACACGACGAGAUGGUCCAUCUCGUACAAGGGUGAAAAACGUAUUCGCUUUCAAAAUUCAAAUUUUUUUGAAGCCCCCUUGCAGCAUCCGGCCCGACUGUCCUCAUCCGCGUCACCCGGCUCAGUGGCCCCACAAGCGGCUCCGGAUUCUCCGACCUAUCAAUUCCUUUUUUUUGAGAUGUAGUCUGAUAGUGAUGAAUGAGAAUGCGAAUGAAAGUAUGUAGCUUGUCGCGGUGAUAGCUAGUGUAAAGUAGAUAGCAUUUGAGACGUUUUGUGACAGAUGUCGGCAGCAGGUAGACGUUCAUCAGCGACAGGAGCCUCCCAGCAAUGCCAUCCGGUCUGGGCACCAGACUGGUGCCCAAAAUGCCGCUCAAGGCGAUACACAGCUCCGGACCAGCAGCACUCCGGGCAAUGGACUAUGCAAAAAAACGUCUUCAAAUGCGAGCUCAAAUUUACACUACCUAUCACCGCGACAAGCUAGCUAGAUAAUAAGACUACUCAAGUGACAUCAUCAACAUACUCCAGCAAUUCAGGUAACGAAAAAAGGUCCCGCGACUCACCUGCCCGACGCCUUCCAGUUCAACGAGGCCACCGACGGGGUCCUAUCUGGACCCACCCUCAAGGGGGGCAGAAAAAAAUUUGAUUUUUGAAAGCGAAUACGUUUUUCAUCGCUGUAUCUCGAAGCUCCUCCCGUUCGGCAUCUUCAUCUGGACGAUCUUCGGGUGCUUACUCUCGGGCGGGCCGUCGCCGAAAUGAUAGAAGCAGUUCCGAGGAGGGCUCCCCCUCCGGGUCGGAUUCGGAAUCAUCAAGAAGAUCUUCACGAGGACGCUCUUCACGCGAAGGCAGCCGUCGCGAAGGCCGCGACAUCAUGUCCUCCUCUCGGAGGAAGAAGAGUGACACCGAAGAAGCAGGAGCAUCGGUGUCUUCAGACACGAGCCCCGCCCACGUUAGAGAACUCACGAAACAGAUGGGGCGACUCGACAUACGAGAUGCCGGGCAGGCGGGGGGACAAGGGCGGACCGAUGCAGCUGGAAAUGACAAUUACAACAGGAGCCAAUCCGAAGAUCAGUCUUCUUUCGAGCGAGAGCAACGCGAUGGACGGCCGGCCGAGAAGCCAAAAAAGGAACUAUCGAGCGCCGCGCAGACGCGGUCUCCCGCUGUUUUUCGACGUUUCCAACGUGUCGAUCAGGGGGCACGACGAAGCAGCUAUGCAAAGAAUGACGCUGGUGAUCAAAAAAGUUCCACGAGCCCCGGUGAUCUUCUGCACGAAGACCACGAGGACGCAGGAGGUCCUCCAGGCUCCAAAAAUACUCUCCCUGCUCAAAAAGUUGACAAGGCAGGUUUGGCGCGCGGGCUUUUCCCGAAAGCGCCACCGUCGGCGUACAAUAGUCGAGACCGCGACUUCAGGCAGCGGACCUAAACCAGCAAAAACACUUAUUUUGUACGGAAGCAAGUUGAAUGUUGCAAUGUUGGUAAAGCUGAAAUUUGACUGAACAUCACGUGGCGCAGAGUCAUUUUUCUCACGG